UGCGUGCCACCACGCCCGGCUAAUAUGUUGAAUUUUUAGUAGAGAUGGGGUUUCACCAUGUUAGCCAGGAUGGUCUCAAUCUCCUGACCUCAUGAUCCGCCCGCCUCAGCUUCCUAAAGUGCUGGGAAUACAGGUGUGAGCCACCGCACCCGGCUGUUACUCCUCUUGUUACCCACUUGUUAUCUUAGAAAACUUAGCCUACUCCUGCCAAGAGUAUGGGAGGGAGAGUACCUGGGAAGAGAUGCUCAUCAGGAAUGCAGAAGGCAAGAGCACAGAGACCUAACAGGAACAGCAGCUUGAGGAGCCAGAAGCUGCUUAGGAGGGAGAAAGAAAACCAGACUCAGAAGAAAAGGCAAAGGACAGUGAAGAGUGCCUAUGGGCAAAGGCAAAAGAGAAACCAAAAAUAUAGGAAAGAGGACAGAAGAGACAAGGAGGAACCAAUCCCAAAUGAGAGGGGGCUGGGACAGGCCUACUGCCCCUUAUUCCAAAUUCUAACUCAAAGAUACUUAAAUAAUAGCAUCUGGGCAAUGUUUUACAGUUUAUAAAGGAUUAUGUUACCAAGAUAACCCACUGUUAUCUUCAUUUUAGAUGCUAGGAGCACAAAGAGGAUAAGUGUCUGGCUCAAGGUUAUACAGCAAGUACACCAGAAGCAGGGACUUAAACCUGUUUUCUGUCUUUUUACAGUGCUAUUACUUCAUUCCGGAAUUUCCUUUACCCAGCUUGUGUCUACCUUCCCUCCUCUGUCCCCUCCCCACCCAGAAAGUACACACAAACCUAUUAUGCAGCUGUGCCCGCGGGCUGGUGGGGGAGUGGAGGUGGACCAGCAACACAGCCUGCAGCAGGUGGAAGGUGGCGGUUCCUGCACAUACUCGGUACACAGCCCCAGAGCCACUGAGCACUGGACAGUCAGAGAGGCCAAACAGGUGGGCACACAACCCCGAGGGCAUCUGGAUCUGGGAGUGUGUGUGUGAGAAACGGCAGGGCAAGUCAUAAUGCAUGGAAAGGUACCUACUUGUCACGGGUAUGACCACUCAUUUGUCUCCUGCCCCCAACCGAAAUCUAUCUUAGGGUUUUUCCUUUUAUCUCUUCCCACCUGACAACCCCACCCCCUCUCACUUACCCUGUGUGUCUUGCCCCACACCCUUUCCACUACUGUCCUUGACAGCAGGAGGCAGCAGAUUGCUGAGGCCCCCACAUGGAGGAGGAUGUAGAACAGGCGGCUGCAAGUGGAUGCGGUGAGAGAGGGCCACCUAGAGUGGCAGCAGCUGGCACAAGGAGCAGGCCCACAGCAGCACACCUGGGGGUAGAGCAGAUGCAAGGCAGCGAGGUGGAGACUUGCUGAGGAAAGGCAUACGUUAAUGUAUGUGUGAGGUUAACCUAGGAGGCUGAAUUCCAAAAUUUCCCCUUCCCCUUUCUUCCUUUUACUCAGGUUCUGUUUCAAGCUGAUUCCAGCCAUUUGGGAUUGCCUUCCACUGACAACUUAGUAGGGCUUUCAUUGUAAGCAGGCUUGAGAUACCUGACCUUUCUCUAGACCUAAACACCUGGGGCUGGGAACAUGGCGGGAGACAUUUACAGAUUACCGGGGGCAAAGUACCAGAAUGACAUUAGAGGAGAAAAGAGGCCUGUCGUUCUUAUUGGCUUCUGCAUGUUUUCCUCCCCAGCUUCGGCCACUCUACCAUUCGCACCCUCUCACCUGACAGAAGGGGCUUUUCACUAGGACACUGCUGCCUCCGCUGCGCUGCUGUGCCAGGCCCAGGGAGGUGCUGGGGCUGGGGACGGGCUUGUCACCCACCAUCCUUGUCCCAGGGAUUAGGUUUAGGUCCACCAGAUGGAAGGCAGAUGAGAGCAGCAGCUGCUUCUGUCCUCAGCCCAUUGGACUGCCACUGUGUUGGGGCUGAGCACCGGGUCCCGGGCAGAAUGCGGACGUCUGGAAGAGAACACUGACCUCCAGGAUGUGGUAAAUGCAAACGCCCUGUGAAGGAGCUUUGUCCUCAGGGCCUCAACACUGCGGCCACUCAGGCUGUUCUCUCCAGAUUAUGGGGAAGUUUGUCUAUCUGGCCCCCUGUGGAUUAGCAUUCUUAAAUUGGUUUAGGAUUAGACGUCAUCCAUUCAGGUUGAACGGAGUUCCCUGAGGUGGGUGCGUCUCUAUGUGUUGAGGAAACUAUUCCUAGUUUAUGAGGUGGUAAGGAUGUCGGUGGGGUGGGCUGGAGCGGUGACGGGUUAGGUCUGAGAGAAAGCCCUUGCACAAAACACUGUACAAACCCGAAAGGAAGUCUGAGAGACGAACCACCUUCCUCGCUGAAGCUUCUAGAACUCGAGCAGAAAGAAGGUGUGGCCCAGGGCCAGCUCCGCCUCCUCCCCGAGCGGAAGCUGUGUAUCAGUUGCCGGAAGUCGCCGUGAGGUGGGGCUUAUGCGGCGGCGUGGUGAAAUAGAUAUGGCGACUGAGGGAGAUGUGGAGCUGGAGUUAGAGACUGAGACCAGUGGACCAGAGCGGCCUCCCGAGAAGCCACGGAAGCAUGACAGCGGUGCGGCGGACUUGGAGCGGGUCACCGACUAUGCGGAGGAGAAGGAGAUCCAGAGUUCCAAUCUGGAGACGGCCAUGUCUGUGAUUGGAGACAGAAGGUCCCGGGAGCAGAAAGCCAAACAGGAGCGGGAGAAAGAACUGGCAAAAGUCACUAUCAAGAAGGAAGAUCUGGAGCUGAUAAUGACCGAGAUGGAGAUAUCUCGAGCAGCAGCAGAACGCAGCUUGCGGGAACACAUGGGCAACGUGGUAGAGGCGCUUAUUGCCCUAACCAACUGACGCGUGCUUCCACAAAUAUACCUACUGGAUUAAUUUAUGGCAAUAAAAUUUUUUUUGUCUUUUUCAGUUUUAUCA